AUGUCCACCUUUAACUUUACUACAAGUACUUUAACACUCAAAGCGAUUCAAGACUGGACGGUGAAAACUGUUGAAGCAUUUUUAAAGUUCAAACAAAGAGACUUUUCUCUUAGUGAUGCUGAAAUCAAAAAGGUUGUGGAUUGUUCGUUCAAUGGUUCAGCGCUUCUUAACCACGGUAAGAAACGCCGUCGUAUGCUUGAAGAUAAUACUUCUGAAUAUUGUCGACAGAUUGCAACACCAUUCGAAUCUCCACCCAAUAUUUCAGAAUUAAACUCAAUACUUCUUCAACCUUUCAAUUUGAAGAUUCCUCUUUCGCCACUUCUAUACAAGCAGUGUGAAGCUUUGUGUACCGGUAAUUUUCCUAUUAUUGACUAUUUCAUUGAAAGUCCUUGGGAUACACAAUUAGAUGAAGAGGACGCUCGUCAUCCAGCAGAAUUGUCUAAUUAUUGUUAUGUAGCAUUGCAAGGAGCUGAUGUUGGUUCCAGUGAAUUUUCUCGAAUAAGUGAUUGGGAUAGUUUGCUUCGUAACCCAACGAGUGUUCUUAGACAGCACUUUAGAACAAAGUAUCUGUGGAAAGCUAACCGUAACACAAAUGAUUCAUCAAUCACAUUAGCUGGUUUUAGACCUGAUUAUUGGGAAUGCCUUAAUGAUGUUCUUGUUUUUAAAGGAGAAGAGAAGCCAACAGAAGAUGGCUUAAAAGAUGCGAAAAAGGAACUCAUAUCAAAGAUGAGAGCAUGGAAUCGUUGCCUUUACGGUGACCUUAAAUAUAUUCUUGCAUAUGCAGCGGGAGAACAAGAAGUUAAAGCUGCCAUUCGUUGUGUCUUGAACGCUCUUGUGGAUUUACAUGAAUUAGGUUAUGUUCAUAGAGAUGUCCGAUGGCCUAAUAUUCUUCAAGUGACAGAUAAUAGUUGGAUGUUAAUUGAUUUAGAGUGUGCUGGUAUUGAUGAUGAAAGGGUAGAUUUCGGCCCGUUAGAAGAUUGGGCACCAGAAGUAAUUGAAACUAAGAUAUAUACUAAAAAGGCAGAUGUUUAUAUGGUAGGGAGGUUAUUUAGAAAAGUUUUUAUUUCAUAUUCUGAAAAAGCAUAUGAAUUUGAGAAGGCUACCACCGCAGAGCUUGAAUUUCGUUUAACAGCUCAAGAAGCUCAGCAAUAUAAAGCUUAUAUUACCGAUUUAGGUUUAUCAAUAUCAUUUGAUGAAAAACAAGAAGGCCAUAUUUAUGGAGUUUUGCCAUAUUUAGCACCGGAGGUUUUGAAAGGUGAACGAUUCACUCAAGCUGAAAAAAAAGAAGAAAUUAACAAGAGCAUGCUAAUUUUUUUGUAA